GAAAGGAACACCGAGCAAAGGUGCGAGCGAGAGAGAGCACAUUCGUAGGGCAGCAGCAUGGAGGUUACGGCAUGUUAGCUGAAAAACUGAUACUUUUAUGGAAAAAUGUUGAUUUCGUGUAAAAAUUUAUUCGUAUUCCGGCAACUGCCGGCGGUGCGCAGCUGUCUAGCGGCCGCCGCAUGCUCCACGCCCAGUGCCACCGCCUACCGAAGCCUCUCCAGCGUUUGGCAACAGCCGCCGAGGAACGGAAAUCCGGCAAAUCCGGAGCACCAAGCCCGCCGCUUGCACACCACUCGCAAUCUCCUGGCCAAGGACUACUACAAAACGCUCGGCGUGGCCAAGAACUCCAACGGCAAGGACAUCAAGAAGGCCUACUACCAACUGGCCAAGAAGUACCAUCCGGACACCAACAAGGAGGAUCCGGAUGCGGGCCGCAAGUUCCAGGAGGUCUCGGAGGCCUACGAGGUCCUCAGCGACGAGCAGAAGCGCCGUGAGUACGACACCUACGGCCAAACGGCGGAGAACAUGGGUCGCCAGGGCGGAGGAUUCCCCGGCGGCGGAGCCGGUGGCUUCGGACCCGAGGGCUUCUCGCAGAGUUGGCAAUUCCGAUCCAGCAUCGAUCCGGAGGAGCUGUUCCGCAAGAUCUUCGGCGAGGGAAACUUCCGAUCGAACAGCUUCGACGACUUCGCCGACUCCAAGUUCGGUUUCGGACAGGCCCAGGAGAUGGUGAUGGACCUGACCUUCGCCCAGGCGGCCCGCGGUGUCAACAAAGAUGUCAACGUCAAUGUGGUGGACCAGUGCCCCAAGUGCGCCGGCUCCAAGUGCGAGCCGGGCACGAAACCGGGUCGCUGUCAAUACUGCAACGGCACCGGAUUCGAGACGGUCUCCACGGGCCCCUUCGUGAUGCGCUCCACCUGCCGCUACUGCCAGGGCACGCGGCAGCACAUCAAGUAUCCGUGCAGCGAGUGCGAGGGCAAGGGCCGCACGGUCCAGCGCAGGAAGGUCACCGUUCCGGUGCCCGCCGGCAUUGAGAACGGGCAGACGGUGCGCAUGCAGGUGGGCAGCAAGGAGCUGUUCGUCACCUUCCGCGUGGAGCGGAGCGACUACUUCCGCCGCGAAGGCGCCGAUGUGCACACGGACACGGCCAUUUCCCUAGCCCAGUCGGUGCUCGGUGGCACUGUUCGCGUUCAGGGCGUCUACGAGGACCAGUGGAUCAACGUGGAGCCGGGCACCUCGUCGCAUCACAAAAUACUGCUGCGCGGGAAGGGACUGAAGCGGGUGAAUGCCCAUGGACACGGCGAUCACUAUGUGCACAUCAAGAUCGCGGUGCCGGAUAGCCGGAAACUGAGCAAGGAGCGACGGGAUCUGAUUGAGGCGUACGCCGAGCUGGAGGAGGAUACUCCGGGCCAGAUCAACGGAAUCACGCAUCGCAAAGAUGGCAGUAAGAAAGCAACCGCAGGAGCGAGUGAGGGAUCAGGAGCCGGAAAAGCUGGCGGAUCAGCCAGCUCGGCUGGAGAAUCAGGAUCCUCCAAGUCAGGAGAAGGAACAGCAGACACAAAAGGCAAAGGCCAGCGGGCGGACCAAGAAGAAACCAAAGCGAAAGAAGGCGGCGGAUUCGGAUCCGGACAAGGCGACGGCGGAGGCUUCAUAAACAAAAUCAAGUCCAUGUUCAACUGACAGUCGUUGGCAAAUUGAUGGCCGAUUCUGUUUGCUAGUGUCUAAGUUAACGCACGUUAUUGUUGCUUAAUCUAAGUUCGGGGCGGGAACCGAUGGAGUGUGUAUUCCAAAUACAAGUCGGUUCGAGAUGAAUAAACCAAAUUGACCGUCAAU